AUGGGGAAAAUCGACGAUUUGACAGAGGAAUUUCACGGCGAGGUGGCGGAGCUGCGUAAUCUGGGGAAGGAGCGACACGAGGAAGUGACCGGACGAUUGGAUUCACUCGAUAAAAACACGGAGCUAAUCGCGAAUGUAGGACGUAUCUCAGAAACCUUAGCUCAAUCGACGGCGCAACAACGUUCUGAACCAAAUCCACGAGAGGAUUUCGCGUUACCGUCGAACGGCAUUCGCGAGGUACGUAACUCGUUCCCAGCUGAACCUGGAGGAAAUAGAAAUGUAGGUUAUCGGGGAAUCAACAACGUGUUGGAGAAUCGAAAUAAUAUGUUGAAGAAAGUAGAAUUAUUUCAGUUUUCUGGAUCUAAUCCGUAUACUUGGAUCAAUCAAGAUAAGAGGUUCUUCCGUUUGGGGAAUUACAACGACACGGAAAGGCUAGAGCUGUUAUUCAUCACGCUGCAAGGUCCUGCGCUGAAUUGGUUCAACAGAGAGAUGAAUAGAGAUCCAUUUCGUGAUUGGGUUUAG